UGUAUCUGAGACUUCCCCAGACUAAAGCCUGUUGCAGUGACCACAUCCACCCUCCUAUCACCAGGGCUGGUCUCGCCUGAGUUUGCACAGAAACCAGACUCCUUCCACAUGUGUGUGGCUCUGCAGAGGUCACCCCAGUCUGGAGGGGCUGCACAAAACCCCACUGUCAGGUCUGCCUACUGCUGAAAUCUAGCAAUAUGCUGUGAGAAGGACCCAGGACUCAACACUACUACAGGCCUCUCACUCAUGCACAAAAAGGAAAACACUAAGUUGGAGACCACAGACAACAACAGCAAUGGCAACAUCCAGCAGAUCACACCAUAUAUCACCAUUCCACAUUAGGAUGAAAGCCUACUCCUGGCCUUUACUGGCACUGGUGCUCCUGUCAGUUGACAAAGUUGCCUCUCAAGAAACCACAGCCAACUUUACGGGGUAUGAAGGACUCCUACAAGAGGUGGAACCCGUGUACUGCCCCAUCGCCUGUAAGUGUGAGUGGCUCUUCGACUCGGGCGUGUUCGUGGACUGUCGCGGUUACGACAUCUUGUUCCUUCCCGACGAAUACCCGCAGAGAACGCUGUGGCUGUCCCUUUCUCAGUACAUCCUCACCAAUGGUCUCCAGCCAAACAGUUUCACGCAGACCCCGUAUCUACGAUCGCUCUCUCUACGCCACAACAACCUAAUCCACAUCUACCCCGACGCCCUCACCGCCAUCCACGAGCUUAACGAGCUUGACCUGAGCCACAACGAACUGAAUGACUUACGAGGAAUCUUCAAGUGGAUUCCAGGCCUCAAGACGUUGGAUCUGUCCCACAACAACUUCAACACACUUGACGAGUUUCUGAAGGAGGUGCCGGAGUUGCGACGUUUGUACGUGCAUCACAACGAGCUGCUACAGCUGGGAACCCUGAACCACCUACCAUACCUCAGCGUGCUCAUCCUGGCACACAACAACCUCACCACUAUAGAAGGUACCAUGGAGAACUGUACCAGGCUUCGCUCUAUCGACAUCAGCCACAACAAGCUGACCAGCAUCGACGGGACGUUCGAGGACAUGACGCUCCUCCAGGAGCUAAAGGUAAGCUACAACAAGCUGUCAACGCUCGCAAACGUCUUCAGUAAGAAGCACAAUGGAACCUGGAGCAUAAAGACAGUAAUGGCAGACCACAACCGCAUCACAUCUGUGAAGGGCAUCUUCCCCAACAUGCGGAACCUUGUCACGUUAGACCUGAAGCACAACAACAUCACGACAGUGGAGUACGCCUUCCACCACAACAGCAAGCUGGAGCAGCUCUACCUCAGCCACAACCAGAUCCAGGUCAUCCACAAUGUCUUCUACAACCUGCCUCGCCUGGAGGUGCUGGAUCUACAGAGUAAUGACAUCACCAACAUCGACGGCGCCUUCAGCAAUAACCGAGCCAUCAGGGAACUCAGUCUCAGCCACAACAAAAUCAACGCUUUGUACGGGGACUUUGACUCCAUGAAACAGCUGGCGUUUCUAGAUCUGAGGUACAACAAGAUCGACCAUGUACGGAACUCUUUUAUAACAGGCCAGCUGCCCAUCCGGUGGCUGAAACUCGGACAUAACAACAUCUCUGUCCUUCACGCUGUGUUUAACGACAUGCCCAACCUGAUAGAGCUGGACCUGAGCCACAACAACAUCCACACGGUCCGCUACUGUUUCCACGAGCUACGGAGUCUGCAAGUUCUGGACCUGAGUCAUAACAAGUUGGACUACAUUGACGGACUGUUUCACCAUCUACCUUCUCUUGAAUACCUACAUCUUGAGCAUAACCUCAUCUACUCCCUUGGCUCAGCUUUCCACAACUUACAAAGACUGAAAUCCUUGAACUUGGCAAACAACACCAUCAACAGCUUGGGAAGUGGAUUCAGUAGAAAUGUCAACCUAACAAAUCUUGACCUCCAAAGCAACAGGCUGACCUCCAUGGGAAACUCUUUGAAGAAACUGUCAAAACUUAAGUGGCUGUUUCUCAGUCACAAUGAACUUGACCACCUUAAAGACGGUCUUGAAGAUUUGACUGACCUCCAGGUUCUUGACCUCAGCAACAACAGCUUGUACUGGAUCUACGAGGCCUUUAAGAACCUCGGUAAUCUUAAGAAGCUAGACCUGAGUCACAACCACCUCUCCAACAUCGCCACAGCCUUCUCAGUACUGGACAAUCUCGAGGAGUUGCAUCUUCAGUACAACAAGAUCCAGUCGUUGGACAAGGCAAUAAGGAAGAUGAAGAAGCUGAGGUGGGUGAACAUGAACUAUAACAACAUCUCCAGCAUCAAGGGUGAGUUCAAAAACCUGGUACGUCUCCACGGAAUGUACAUCAGCCACAACAACAUCCAGUCAGUACGGCACGGGUUGGACGGACUCGUGAGUCUCCAAAUCGUCGACCUCAGCUUUAACAAGAUUACCAACCUCGACGAUGCGUAUUCCGAUCUACACUUUCUCGACGAGCUUCACCUGAACAACAACGGAAUUGUCACCAUCGGGAAGGCGUUCCGUAACCUUCGGAACGUCAGAUGGCUGCACAUGCACUACAACAACCUGACAUAUCUGGGUAAGGAGCUGCUGGGACUGAAGGCAGUGGAGUUUGUGAACGUCAGCUGCAACCAGAUAAAGGACCUGAAGAUCGACUUCAGCCAGAUGACCAACCUGGAGAUUCUGGACUUGAGCCACAACAGACUGGGGAACCUGACGAAAGAAAUCAAAGCCCCAAACCUCGUCAGCUUGUUCCUCCGUAACAACAACAUCGGGUUCAUCGAGCACACGUUUGCCGCCAUGCCGUUCAUGCGGGUCCUGGAUCUGGCCUAUAACAACAUCAACGACAUCACAUACAUGUUCUAUGACUCUCCCAAUCUCAACGCGCUGGACUUGAGCCACAACCGAAUCCGUUACACCGAGAUGGCGUUUGUAAACAAUCCAUUCCUGGGGGAGGUCUACCUCAACCACAACCAGAUCACCAGCAUUCAUAACACGUUUGCACAUCAGAGCUACCUUGGGCUCGUCGAACUCAGCCACAAUCGGCUGACAUCAGUUGACAACCAGUGGUGGCUGCCCAUCUACGUUACCCACUUGAGGCUCGGCUAUAACCAAUGGCACUGCAACUGCCCACUGCUGCAAUUUAUCAUCGUGCUCGACCGGCGCUCGGACAAGAGACAAGUGAACGUCACCUGCGAGAGCCCAGCCAACCUCCGCGGGAAAUUCGUCUGGGAGUCGGGCAUCCAGGGACCCCCGAAGAUGCAGAUGAACAGGACGCACAUCGUGGUGCGGAAGGGACAAGACGCCACGCUCUACUGCGAGACGCGGGGGUGCCCCACACCGAAGAUAUCCUGGGUACUCGCCAACAACAAGACAGUCACACCUGAGAAAGUUGAACCUGGCUACGUGGUGGAAGAGUUUGGGUCUGUGAGUGUACUGACUAUUGAGGAAGUGGACGAGAAUGACAUAGGGAAGAUUAAGUGUGUGUCUACUAAUGUGCAAGGUAGCUCUAUGCGGGUCGCCAAACUGUGCCUGAAGAAACAGGAUGCUUAUAUGUUCUUUGAGAGAAUAAUAUGUGAAGUAACAUAGACACACAAGAAAACAAUAAGAGAGAAAAUCCCUGACUACCAAGGCAUCAUUUGGCUCUUUUUUACCCUGCUUGUCACCUUUGUAAAAUACAGGACAUACAAUGUCAUGUACAUACAGUUUAACAGAAGACUCCUCUGUAUUCAUAAUAUAUGCUUCUGAUAUUU